UACAAGGAUGCCUAAUUUAUAUAAGAACGGCUUCUGUACCGCAUCUGCUAAAAGCAUAUUUGAAGAGCUUGUAUGGAGGUAUUGAAAAACACAUGAAGUUACUGGACUUGGCUGAUAAGUGUUCAACAUGUGUUGAAGGUUGAAAGAAGAUCUAAUAUCAGAGAAAGCAUUUAGCCCAGGCAUUUUGCUCUCAGAGUGGAACAAGAUGAAAAGAGAGUUUUGACGCACUGCUGUGGCAUACCCAGCAUGGAAUUGGGACAUCCGAAGAAGAAGAUUCUGGAUCCAUCCGAUCACCGAUGCAAGGAUGACCCAUGGUGUUCACAGCACCUUGUAUGCGGAGCUGCGACAGCUCUCUGACAAAUUCCUACGCUACCUAAGGAUGACCAUCAACUCCUUUGAUGAGCUUCUACGCAUUGGUGACAAGAUCCGCCACCAAGAUACCCACCUCAGAAGGAGCAUCUCACCAGAGGAACGCCUCAUCGUCACCCUCAGGUAUGUAGGAUUUUUUUUUAUCUGACUUUUUAUUAUGUAAUUUUAAGCACUUUAUUUACUCUUUUUUUUUUCUUUUUUAGGUUCCUGUCAUCCGGUGAGAGCUUUUCGUCUGCAUUUCCAGUUCCGUCUUGGAGUAUCCACCAUCUCUGGAAUUGUCCAUACCACCUGCGUGGCCCUGUGGGAGUGCCUUCUUGAAGACUACCUUCCUGAACCCUCUGCACAAGGUUGGCUGGACAUCGCAGAGAAAUUCCAGAACGUUACACAGUUUCCAAACUGUGUGGGAGUGAUUGACGGAAAGCACAUCAGGAUCCAGAAGCCGGCGCAAACGGGAAUUCUACAACUACAAGAAGUUAUUCUCGACAAUUCUGAUGACCAUUGCUGAUGCCCAGUAUCGUUUCAUCGCUGUGGACAUUGGGGCCUAUGGAAGAACCAACGACUACCGUGUGUUCAAGACCUCAGCCAUGGGGAGGAGGAUCUACGCUGGUGAGAUGGGACUUCCGGAACCAAGGGCCUUUCCUGGGACUGAUGGACCUCCUAUGCCUUUUGUUUUUAUCGGGGACAAGGCCUUCCAGAUGUGUGCCAAUUUGUUGAAGCCCUACUCCAGCAGAGGACUAGACCACCGGCAGCGGAUCUACAAUUACCGUUUGUCCCAUGCCAGAAGAUACGUGGAGUGCGCAUUUGGAAUUUUGACUGCGAAGUGGCGGAUCUUCACAAGGCCAAUGCAACUGAGCCCGGAAUUUGCUGAUGAAGUUGUUAAGGCAUCAGUUGUUCUCCACAACUUUCUUCUCACCAAAGAGCCUCUCAACACAGAUCCCGAGGAAGUGGAAACAACUCUGCCAGGACUACAGCAACUACCCCGAAGAUCAACCCUCGCCGUCAUGCGCAUCGGUGACGAUUAUUUCCUUAUGGAAGCUGGCAGGGUGCCUUGGCAGGAUUGGAUGGUGUGAACUUUAAAAACUUGGACUUGUAUUUUUUAACUUUUU